CACCUGUAAACGCAGGCUUCCGACAACGGCGUGACCGGCCGUACUGCACAACCACUUUCUACGAAAUUGUUACCGGUCUGAGGAGCAAUCACAUUCUCGGUAGAAUAAAAAGCGCCGAAAAUGAGCAAGCGCCAAGCUUCAGAGGCUCUUGAUGAGCUAGCUGGCGUCGCCUCACCCUCGUCGAAGAGAUCGCGGACGGUCGAUUUCGAAACGCCUCCAGGCAACCACAGCAUUGCGCAGCACAUCAACAGCAAUGGAAACAAAACAAAUGACGAAGAAGUUGACGACUUCGAAGAUGCGAUGGCCGAUACAGCGCCCAUCCGCCAGAGCGCGCCGACAGAAGGUUAUGACGACCUGUACCUGGAUACGAUAGAUCGCAGCAUCCUGGAUUUCGAUUUUGAAAAGCUCUGCUCGAUAUCACUGUCAAACAUCAACGUCUACGCAUGCCUUGUUUGCGGACGAUACUUCCAGGGCCGCGGCCCCAAGUCACACGCCUACUUUCACGCUCUCGAAGACGAGCACCACGUCUUCAUCAAUCUUGAAACACAAAAGGUCUACGUCCUGCCCGAGGGCUAUGAAGUCACAAGCAAGUCGCUCGACGAUAUCAAAUACGUGUCUGAUCCACGAUACACAAAAAGAGAAGUCAUGGAGCUCGAUCGGGUAGAUCGAAAGAGCUGGACAUUGGCAAAGAAGGAAUACCGGCCAGGUUUUGUUGGCAUGAACAACAUCAAGGAGAACGAUUAUCUCAAUGUUAUUGUGCAAGCUCUCUCACAUGUUGUUCCCUUGAGAAACUUUCUGCUUCUCGAGGAUUUCUCAACCAAGACGGAGCUCGUGCGCCGCUGCAGCACACUGUUUCGCAAGAUCUGGAACCCACGCGCUUUCCGAGCUCACGUCUCUCCUCACGAGUUGCUGCAGGAGAUUUCUCUGCGGUCUAACAAGCGCUUCACGCUAACUGCGCAGUCUGAUCCUGUCGAGUUCCUCUCGUGGUUUUUAAACAAUCUGCAUCUUGGUCUGGGAGGGAGCAAGACAAAACCGGGGAGCUCCAUGAUCCAACGCACGUUCCAGGGCAAGCUUAAGGUAGAAUCGCAAGCCAUCACGGCCCGCGCAGAUGCAGGAGACCGAUUGCGUUUUGAAGAAGCAGCCGACGUCAAGGUUGAUAUUGUACGGUUCCUCAUGUUGACGCUUGAUCUCCCGUCAGCGCCGCUCUUCCAGGACGAACUGGAGAAGAACAUCAUCCCACAAGUCCCCCUCGCCACCAUUCUCAGCAAAUAUGACGGCCAGCAGUCACAAGAACACCACUCACAACGCAAACGUUACCGUUUGCUGCAUCCCUUGCCCCCCUAUCUCAUUCUGCAUAUCAAGCGCUUCUCACAGAACAAGUUUGUAUCAGAACGAAAUCCCACCAUUGUCACCUUUGACGCACGAAAUCUCGAUGUCUCUCCUUAUGUCGAGCCUAAUCCUGCCGAGUGGCCACCUAGCGAACCUAUCUGGUACGAUCUUGUGGCAAACGUAGUGCACGAAGCUGUUCGCUCCAAGGAGGACGUUGCAGACACGGGAGAGGAGAGGAAGACGUGGAAAGUUCAAGUCAAGGACAAGGCAACCGGCGAGUGGGUGAUUUGCCAAGAUUUGUACGUAGAUAAGGUUCAGAGCGAGCUGCUCUAUUUGGGAGAGUCGUAUCUGCAAGUGUGGGAAAGGAGACGAGAGCCUAGAAAGGCUUAAUUAGAACAGUUUUACAUCGUCAUCACCAUUAUCAGUAAAAAGAUGUGACGUAUAAAUAGCACAGAAUGUAGUCUGGCCACGCUUUAAUUCGAGAUC